AUGGCUAGUACGACACUUAACUCACCGCCCGAAGUCUCCAGCACGCCAACGGGCGCUCCCAUAGCAGCCAUUAUUCCCGUCGUUUCUGCCUUCGCGUCGCUGCUCGCUUCGACUUCAAGUAUCUUAUUCUGGCACCUUUGGACGCUGGCAAGCUCGCUCUAUCGGUUCUCUCCUCAUCACCCCAUAAUCUACGUAUCGCUACCCGUCUUAAGGUACCUCUUCGCCCCAUUUGCCGUGCUCUUCGAGAUCAUUCUCGAAGCAUUCAUAUGGACGCCAUGGAACCUCGCCGUAGGCGCUCUGGAAAACCUCUACCCCAUCUAUGUUCUGUGUGGCAUUGCCUGCCUUGUAGGGUCCUUUGUAGGCCUGUUCGGCCGGCUAGCUUCCGCUGUCCUCGUCGGUAUGGUGCUAGAAGAUUCUGAGUCGAAGCCUCAGCCAGUUGUUCAAGAAGAUGAGAAGGCGGCUUUGCUUGCCCACCAGUAA